AAUCCGUUAUCUUCUUCGUUCAAACCAACCCGAAAAAACACAGCGUGGCCCUUUCAACGGUCCUCCGAACCCAUUAAUCGCAUGUAUUUCGUUCCCAGAUUAUUUACUCGCCUCCAUUUUCUGUCGCUCCCAUCUCCGAUGGUGGAAGCCAACGGGAACGCGGCGGAUCUGAAAGCCGGCUUCUUACAGAUUCUUUCAGAGCUAAAAUCCGACCUUUUCCUCCACCCAUCGUUCAGCUUCGCGGAAGAUUCUUCGCUAUGGAUCGAUAGGGAUGGGGAUUUCGAUCUCAUCAAGCACUGUUCAUCUCAGGACAAAAGCAUUUGGUGAUUCGCAUCUUUGUGAAGCCUUGGCUAAGCUUCAGAAGGUCAUAUGUGGGUUCAGAUCAUUCAAAUAUGCAUCCA